AUGUGGAACACGGCCAUAAGAACUCCAUUGUUUUCACUGCAGGGUCUUUCCUGCGCUUGCCCCUUUCAUUACCCCCGCUUCUCCUUCUCAGUUACGCCCCUCUUCCCUCUCAUCUCCCCUCGUGCUGCCUCUCAUGUCCCCCCUUUCCCCUUCUUUCAUUCCCCCGUUCUCCCUCUCAUCCCCCCCCCUAUCCAGUCUGUAAUCCCCUCUUUCUCCCUUUCUUUACCCCUCACAUGCCCCCUCAUUCCACACCCCCCCACCCCCCUCCUACCCCCUCUCGCGUUCCCCCCAUUCACCUGCUCAUUUCCUCCCCUUCUCCCUCUCAUUGCCCCCCAUGCUCCCUCUCAUGUCCCCCCUUUCUCCUUCUCAUUUAUCGCCAUUCUCCCUCUCAUUCCCCCCCCCCCUUUCUCAAGCUCAUUUCCCCCCUUUCUCCCUCCCAUUUCCCCGGAUGUGCCCCCUCCUUCCCCCCCCCCCCUUUCCCCCUCUCGUUUUCACCUGCUCAUUUUCACCCCUUCUCCCUCCCACUGCCCCAUUCGCGGCCUCUCAGUUUCGCCCCUUCUCCCUCUUAUUCACUCCCCCUUCUCCCUCUCGUUUCCCCAUCUCCUCCCUAUCGUUUCCCCCUUCCCCUUCUCGUCUACCCCCGUCCCCCUCUUAUGUCUCCCCAUUCUCCUUCCUGGUUUUCCCCAUUCUCCAUCUCAUUCCCCCCUCAUUCCCAAGCUCACCUACCCCCUUUCUCUCUCCCUUUUCCCCAGAUGUGCCCCCUCAUUCCCCCCCUGUCCCCCUCUCGUUUCCCCCCCAUUCACCUGCUCGUUUCCUCCCCUUCUCCCUCCCAUUGCCCCACAUGAGACCGGACCAGGGUUCCCCUUUUGUCUCCCUCAUUCAACCCCCCUGCGGGGUUCCAUAUCCACCAGUUUUGGGUUCCCCUCCCCCCCUUUAUCCCGCUCAUUGCCCUCCCUUCUCCUUUUCAUUUUCCCGCCGUUCUCCCCCUCAUUCCCCCGUGCUCCCCCAUCGCAUACCCUUCUAACCCCUGCCGUACCCUCCGUCACACACGCUCCUUCCUCCAGGGCGCCCACGCUCACUCCCCUGCCACCCACGCGCAAUCCCCUCCGUCUCUGCGUUACGCCCUUCUUCGCCCUUUCGCCAAUCUCUGCCUUUCACCCUUUUUCCCCCUUUGCCCACUCUAAUUUACCCCCUUCUUCCACGUUUCCGCCCUUGGUGCCUUACGCCUUGCCUCCACCUUUACCCUCUCUUCCCUACACCCUUCAUCCCCCUCUCCGCUCCCUUGCCUUACACCCUUCUACCCCCUUUUCCCCCUCUGCGUUGCGCCCUUCUUCCCCCCUUUCCCCUCUCUGUCUUACACCCCUCUUGCUCUAUACUCCACUCUGCCUUACCCCCUUCUACCGCCUUACCACCCACUCUGCCUUACGCCCUUCAUCCCCCUUUUCCCCUAUUCCUUCCAAGCUUCUUCCCCCUUUCCCCUCUCUGUCUUACACCCCUCUUGCUCUAUACUCCGCUCUGCCUUACACCCUUCUUCCACCUCUCCCUUCUCUACCCCACACCCUUCUUCCCCCACCGUGCGUUCUCCCCCUGAUUUCCUGCUAA